AUGUUUCUAAUCGACCAAGGAGUGAAGAUUAUACUGUUGAAGGUGUUUGGCACUACUCGGCCCAAACUGUUCAGGUUCACCAAUGAAGAUGCAUAUGACCCGUAUUUUGAAGUCCAAGAAACAGGAAACGGGAAGGCGAAGAUGAAACCUAGAACACCGCCUCCAAAGACACCAAGCGAUUUGAUACCGUUGAUUGAGAGCAUUCGGAGUACAUGCUAUUGGAUGGACGAGUCUGUCUUCGGUAUGCGAGCCUCCAAACUAUUGAACAAUGUGUUUGGCACAAAGACGGUCAAAGUUAUCGAGGAGGAGUAUGUUGCUGAGAACCUAGUCAACAAGGGUACCUUGAAAGUGUCGCCUAAACCAGAAACUGGAGACGAUGCCGGAGAAGUUGUCCACAAGUCAAGAAGGAUAGGUGUUGGUUUUGCGCCGUUCAUGCAAAUUGUGCCAGUCAUUGGGAAUUAUGUGGUUUUUGCAAUUAACUUAUGGAUUUUCUACUGUAUGCUAACUGUCGGAUUGGGUUAUAAGGUUGGAGUUGAAGGGAAGAAGUUGAAAAUACGCAAAGUACACGACGGCUUUCUUGGUUUGAACCAAGUUGGUAAGAUGUUGAUGAAUAUCAUUGUCGAUUUGGGCAUUGGAUUUAUACCGUUUGUUGGUGCGUUCAUUAGUAUUAUCCACAGAAGCAGUUCACGGAACCUAGCUAUUUUCUACAAAGCUUUGGACAAACAGUAUGAGAAGUAA